AUGUCUCGGAAUUUAGAGAGUCCUGUUCAGACCCAGAUGGCAGUUUCAUUGAUGAGGAGCCCUCUUGGGAGGGAGUACCAUGGGAGUCAGAGUCAGAGCCAGAGGCAGCCUGCUGGUAGGAGACGCGUGUUCAUCCAAACCGAUAAGGGUUGUGUUCUUGGCAUGGAAUUGGAUCGCGGUGAUAAUGUACAUACUGUUAAGAGGAGGCUGCAGAUUGCUCUUAAUGUGUCUGUUGAAGAGAGUUCUCUUACUUUUGGUGAUAUUGUCUUGAAAAAUGACCUUAGUGCUAUUAGGAAUGAUUCGCCUCUUUUGCUUACAAGGAAUCUUAUUCACAGAAGUUCAUCAACUCCUUGUUUGUCCCCAAAUGGAAGGGAUAUCCAGCAAAGGGAUAAAAGUGGUCCUAUUGAGAUAUUGGGACAGUCCAAACGGCUUGAUGUAAUGAAACAUAUGGUUAUGGACAUUGUGAAGGCGAUUAAUAUGGGGAUAGAUCCGGUUCCUGCUACUGGUGGGCUUGGAGGUGCUUAUUAUUUUAGGGACAGUAAUGGGGAUAGUGUUGCUAUUGUGAAACCGACGGAUGAGGAGCCUUUUGCGCCAAAUAACCCUAAAGGUUUUGUUGGUAAAGCUCUUGGACAGCCGGGGUUGAAACGAUCUGUUCGGGUUGGGGAGACGGGGUUUAGGGAGGUUGCGGCUUAUCUUCUUGAUUAUGAUCAUUUUGCAAAUGUGCCUCCUACUGCCUUGGUUAAGGUUACUCACUCAAUCUUUAAUGUCAAUGAUGAGGUCAAUGGGAAUUGUUUUCGGAGAAAGAGACUGGUUAGUAAGAUUGCAUCUUGUCAGCAGUUCAUACAUCAUGAUUUUGAUGCAAGUGAUCAUGGUACGUCUAGCUUCCCGGUUGCUUCGGUGCAUCGUAUAGGGAUAUUAGAUAUUAGGAUUCUUAACACGGAUAGACAUGCUGGGAACUUGUUAGUUAGAAAAUUUGGUGAUGGCAUUGGUACUUUUGGUCAGGUGGAGUUAAUUCCUAUUGAUCAUGGGCUUUGCCUGCCAGAAACUUUGGAGGAUCCUUAUUUUGAGUGGAUUCAUUGGCCUCAGGCUUCAAUUCCAUUUUCUGAGGAAGAGCUUGCUUACAUUCGUGAUCUAGACCCUGUUCGCGACUGCGAGAUGCUUCGAGUGGAGCUGCCAAUGAUUCGAGAGGCUUGUCUAAGAGUGUUGGUGCUCUGCACUAUUUUUCUCAAGGAGGCUGCUGAAUCUGGUCUUUGUCUUGCUGAAAUUGGCGAGAUGAUGACUCGUGAGUUCCACAGAGGUGAGGAGGAGCCCAGUGAUCUCGAGGUUGUUUGUUUGGAGGCAAUGAAGAUGUUGGCUGAGAGGGAGGAACUAUCUCCAAGGACUGAGGCGGGUGAUGAUGAAUUCCUGUUUGAUAUCGACUGUGAUGAAGGUGGACCGGAUUUCACACCAAAGAUGUCAUUGUCAGUGAAUGAUCCUCUACUCAGAGCAACUUUUCAGCAUACACUUGGGAAUGGACACACUCGCAGCCCAUUUUCCAAAUUGGAUGAAAGCAUUGAAGAGGAAGAGGAGGGAAGUGAUGAAGAAUCUCCUCAGGCUCAAGAAAAAGUUCAAUCUAUUCCGGAGAUUACUGUUUUGCUGAAAAAUACCAUGUUAGCCGAGAAAAAGCAGAAACACUCAGAAGGAAAACUGGAAAGUGGCUACUCUGUGAAUACAUCAUCUAGCCAUAGGAGUGCGAACGAGCAGCUUCCUGCAAGUAUAAGCUUUGUGAAGGUUGACGAUAUGACUGAGGAUGAAUGGACCUUGUUUUUGGAUAAGUUUCAAGAGUUGCUGUAUCCAGCAUUUGCCAAGAGGAAAUCCAUAACUUUAGGCCAGAGGCAGAAACAGAGGCUUGGUACUUCGUGCCAGUUUUGA